AUGGAGAACGAACGCGGCGAGCUCGUCGACCUCUACGUCCCACGCAAGUGCAGCGCCACCAACCGCAUCAUCAAGGCCAAGGACCACGCCUCCGUCCAGAUCUCCGUCGGCAAGGUGGACGAGAACGGCCGAUACACGGGCGAGAACCAGGUGUACGCCCUGUGCGGGUUCGUGCGCGCCAUGGGCGAGAGCGACGACUGCAUCAACCGUCUGACCCAGCGCGACGGCUACUUGAAGGGUGUGUGGAGUGGAAGCCGGUAG